AUGGCUGCUGCGGCGUUGCUCCUGGUGGCCGCGCUCGUCGCCCUUGGUUCCGGCCAUGGCGGCGAGGCCUUCGACCCCAACCCUCUCCAGGACUUCUGCGUCGCCGACUCCACGUCCAAAGUGCGCGUGAAUGGGUUAUCAUGCAAGGACCCGGCGGCCGUGGUGUCCGACGACUUCUUCUUCGCCGGUGCCGACAAGCUGCGCGACACGACGAGCGAGCGCUACGGGUACUCAGCGCUGACCGUGCAGAUCCCAGGCCUUAACACGCAGGGCCAGCGGUACGCCCGCGUCGACCUUGCACCGGGGGCCAUCUUCCCGCCGCACUACCACCCCAGGGCGGCCGAGACGGCCCUGGUGCUGGAAGGCUCCGUCUACUUCGGGUUCGUCUCCUCCUACCCGGACAACAAGCUCUUCGCCAAGGUGCUCAGCAAGGGCGACGUGUUCGCCGUGCCGCAGGGGCUCAUGCACUUCCUCUACAACAACGGCACCGCCCCUGCUGCGCUCUACGCCAGCCUCAGCAGCCAGAACCCCGGGCUGGUGCUCCUUGCCGACGCGCUCUUCGCCGGGGCUCUCCCCGAUGAUCUCCUGGCUAAGACGCUCCUCACGGAUAAGCACACCGUGGACAGCAUCCGGGCAAACUUUCGGCCGUCUUGA